AUGAAUUCAUCAGGCACUGGUGAGUCGGACACUACGGGUCCUAUGCCCAUCGUAUCAGACGACCGAGAGUCAACGGAGCAUGAGGUACACACUUCAGAUGUUACCAGCACGGAUGAGGAUGAUUUCCAGCCAUUCGCGCUACCCGAUGUUGCCGCCGAGCCCGCUGAUGCCCCUUUUGCCGGGGAUUUGCCGCUCAUGGAGAUCCCUGCCCCUAUACCUCUUGCCGCUUAUCCUGUUCUUGAUAUGCUCCUCGACGCCGACGCUGAUGACGACGUCGAUUUGUUUGGUGACGAGCCCCUGGAGGAUGAUAUUGAGGGCGAGGCCCUUAUAGCCGACGGCGGUCUUUUGUUGCUCACAGAUGCUCCUCCUGAGGAGUCACCUGCUCAUUCACCCGUCCCAGACUCUUUGGAGUUUGUGGCCUCUGUAUCGUCGCACACUCAGGGUGCGCAGCACUAUUCUCACGAUUCAGAUCCUGAUAGAGCAUCAUCUGCUGCCCCUGCCCCGAGCUACGCCUUUGAUCACGACCUUGAUGAGGAUUCCGACCCUGUCUUUCCACCUGGGUUUGACCCAGAUCAGGACAUUGAAGCCUGCUAUGGCCCCGAGCCGGUAGCCGCUCCUGACCCUGUGUUUGAGCAUGACCCUAUUCAUGCUGGCGUACCCAUUGUUGACCCUGUGAUUGCUGAUCUACCCGUUGAUGAUAACCCUGUUGAUGCUCCACUAUUGGAGGGCGAUCAUGUUGUUGUUGCAGCUCAAGCUGAUGCCCCUCUCAUCGCUGAUGUACCCGUUGACCCUAUUGUUGCUCCCCUACCUGAUCCUGUUCCCCUGGAGCCCGAUCAUGUGCUAUUCAUGACCCAUAUUGAUCCCCGUUAUGCGCACACCCAGAAUGGGUGGAUUGACGCUGAUGAUGAGCUCCCACCUUUUCCCCCACAUACCACCAAUGCACGUCACAUGGAUUUCCCUUCUUCGUUCGCUCAGUUCACACCUCCAGCUUGA